UCAAGUCAUAACUUGGUCUUUGGGAGCCGAAUUUUGAUCUGAUCUCAAUUUUAUCAAAAUACUAGCUUAAGGCAACGACCUUUCCAACGCCGUCGUCCGAAGCGUCUCCUCCUCCUUCCCUCCCUCCCAGCCAACCGCCGCUGCAAAACCCCCGUCGUUGUCGACGCCGACGAGGUUAUGUUUUGAUAUCCGAAAUCUGGGCAGAGUUGAUUGCCAUUCAGAUUGUAACAUAUAGACAAAUAGCGAGAAUAGUUUUAGACUCAUUUGGGUUUGUGUCCCGAUUCCAUGAGCAUAAGAUGGCCAAGACGGUUGACACCAACCUAUCUCUCUCAGAUUAUAAGAACCCAGAAAAACCCAAUAAAGGCUCUUCACAUUUUCAAUGAAGCCAAAUCCAGGUACCCCAAUUACUGCCACAAUGGUCCUGUUUAUGCCACCAUGAUCAACAUCCUUGGAACAUCAGGGAGGCUGACUGAGAUGAGGGAUGUGAUUGAGCAGAUGAGAGAGGAUUCAUGUGAAUGCAAGGAUUCUGUUUUUGUGUCUGUUAUUAAGACAUAUGCCAAUGCUGGCCAGGUAGAUGAAGCAAUGUCUCUGUACAAAACAAUUCCUCAGUUUAACUGUGUUAAUUGGACAGAAUCCUUCAACACCAUUUUGCAGAUAAUGGUGAAUGAGAACCGGCUUGAAAUGGCCCACCAUCUCUUUGUUGAGAGCUCUUGUGGUUGGGAAGUGAGGUCUCGGGUUCGAGCAUUGAACUUGCUUAUGUAUGCUCUUUGCCAGAAGAGUCGCUCUGAUUUGGCACUGCAGUUAUUCCAAGAGAUGGAUUAUCAAAGUUGCUACCCUAAUAGGGACAGCUAUGCAAUUUUGAUGAAGGGAUUGUGCCAAGACAGGAGGUUACAUGAGGCCACCCAUUUGUUGUAUUCAAUGUUUUGGAGGAUCUCACAGAAAGGUAAUGGUGAGGAUAUUGUAGUCUAUAGAACUCUUUUGGAUGCUUUAUGUGAUGCUGGAAAACUUGAAGAAGCUGUGGAAAUUCUAGGUAAAAUUUUGAGGAAAGGACUGAAGGCUCCGAAGCGAUGUUAUAACCAUCCUGAUCUUGGCCGGUUCUUGGAUGGCAAACAUAUAGAAAGUGCUAAACAUGUGAUUCAUGAAGCUUUAAUCAAAGGCUCAAUUCCUAGUUUGGCUAGUUAUAAUGCCAUGUCUGUUGAUCUGUACACCGAAGGUAAGAUAGAUGAGGCUGAUAAGGUCAUCAUGGAAAUGCAAGACAGAGGCUUUAGACCAACACAUUCUAUCUUAGAGGCAAAAGUAGCUGCAUUGUGCAAGGUUAGUAAGGUGAACGAAGCAAUCAAGGUAAUUGAGGAAGACAUGGUGAAAGUUAAUUGUCUACCAACUGCUAGAGUGUACAACAUUCUCUUGAAAAGCCUAUACAAUGUUGGAAAUUCUAUGACUGUACUCGAGAGCUUGAACAAGAUGUCGAACAAGGUAGGUAGUGCAGGUGACAGAGAUACUUACGGCAUGUUGCUGGAAAUGCUUUGUGGUGAGAAAAGUGCAGCUAAAUGAAAUAAGGUCAAGAAUGAAAUGGUGAUCAAAACUAGUCAGCACAUACAACUCAGAAUUAGCUUGGCAAUUAUGCAGAGUUGACCAGAGAGUUCACCCAAAGUUGACUUUUUGGAAUUGAUCUCCAAAUGCUAUGACAGCUGAUGGAAGCCCAAAAGGACAUUGAUUCACACUUGUGCUGAGUUGUUUUGACGUAUAGAAGUGAAAGAAGCUGCUCUAAUUAGUCAAUUCGUAGAAAUGAGCAAAUCUUGUGUAGUGAACCAAAUAAACCAUGGGUUUGAGCUUAAGUAAGAUGCUGAAUGAAGUCUACACGUCUUGUAUAGUUAAAAUUGCUAAAAUUGAUGUUGUGCAGGAGAAGCAAGCUGUUGAGAAGAGCUUAACCAAGGUUGAGAAAGUUGAAACUGCUGACAUAUUGUGGUAGAAGUUGAUUGACCAUUUGAAGUCUGCACAUGUUGUCAAGAUGCUGGAGCUGCUGAGUUAUCAACUAAUACAAAUGUGACCUACAAUAGCCAGUAGGAGUCCAAAAUACACAACUGAAGAUGUUAGAGAAUGGAGGAUCUAUGAGAGAAGAAAGGAAAAACAGAGGACUUAACUGCGAGACAGUUAAGUGGGUUUGGACUUAACUGCUAGACAGUUAAGUGGUGAUGCAACUAUAUAGUUAUAUAGUUUUAGGGUGAUUUUGUUGUGUGUAAUAUUCUUCUUUUUGGAAAACUUUGAUUUCAUUAGUUUAGUUAUAUGACUAUUUAUAUGUAGUACAUACUUGUAUAACCGUAAUAUAAUAUUUGUAUCCUAAUUUUUUCUUAAUAAUUAUCAUA